AGCGGGACGCGAUAGCCGAACCUUCUCACUGGUUUACAAACACGUCUCCAUGAAAACGAGAUGAAUACGUUACUUUUACUGCUUUUUAUCUGUCACGUUUCAUCAUCAGUGAAACACUCCCUGACGUUUUUCUUAACUGCGUCAUCUGGAGUCCCGAAUCUGUCAGAGUUUGUGGUUGCUGCAGUGGUUGAUGACCUUUUACUUGGUUCCUGCGGCACCGAUAAAAAGACAGUAGAACUAAAACAGGACUGGGUGAAAACAGUAUUUGAACACAACCCUCAGCAGCUGGAGUGGUACACUCAGCAGUGUUUGGAGAACCUGCCUCACGUCUUCAAAGCUGACAUGGACAACCUGAAGCAGCGCUUCAACCAAAGUGGAGGUGUCCACAUAUUACAGGAAAUCUAUGGCUGUGAGUGGGACGAUGAGACUGGGGAGGUUAAUGGCUUUAGUCAGUAUGGUUAUGAUGGAGAGGACUUCAUAUCAAUCGACCUGACGACAUUGACAUACAUCGCUCCAAAGCCACAGGCUGUCAUCACCAAACUGUUAUGGGAUGCUGAGAAAGACAGAAUAAUAUACAAUGAGAUUUACCUCACUCAGACGUGUCCCGAGUGGUUGAAGGUUUAUGUGGCCUUUGGAAAGAGCUCCCUGCUGAGAAAAGACCUUCCCUCAGUGUCUCUCCUCCAGAAGUCUCCCUCCUCUCCAGUCAGCUGCCACGCUACAGGUUUCUACCCUGACAGAGCCAUGAUGUUCUGGAGGAAAGAUGGAGAGGACAUUCAUGAGGACGUGGAGCUCGGAGAGAUCCUCCCCAACCACGAUGGAUCCUUCCAGAUGAGUGUUGACCUGAACCUUUCAUCAGUCCCACCUGAAGACUGGAGGAGGUACGACUGUGUGUUUCAUCUCUCUGGUGUGAAGGACCACAUCGUCACCAAACUGGACAAAGCAGUGAUCAGGACCAACAUGGAGAAGCCCAGUGACAUCACCGUCCCCAUCACUGCAGCAGUGGUUGUUCUCGUCCUCGUCGCUGCCUCUGGAUUCAUUGUUUACAAAAAGAGGAAAGCUCCUGACAGCAGCUCUGAGCUCUCUGAGAAACUCAAUCCAGAAACCUGACUGACUGAUUAUAUUGGAAUAUUUUAUGGCUUCAGAACAAAUGAAGUACAGGUUUCUGUCAACAUGUAGA